UGGAUACAUGGUAGCAAGUUAUCAAAUGUGAUGUAGAUGGAUGAAUAUGAGAUUGAUUGAGACCUAGAUGGAGAGGUGGGUUGAUUUAGUUUUGCUGCAUGUGACUAGACCAUGAGAUCCCUGUGUAACCUGUGUCCUCUUCUCCCUAUCCGGCCCCUGUCCUAUCCUCCUUCUCCUAUCCCAGAGCAAACUACACAUGGAGGGCUUCCGCAGCCUGCGGGAGGGAGAGCCACUAGAGUUCACCUUCCAGAGGUCCCCCAGGGGCCUGGAGUCUGUACGGGUCACGGGCCCCGAGGGAGGCCCCUGCUCGGGCAGUGAGAGGAGGCAGAAACCCAAGCCCCCGGCCCCAACGCAGAAAUGGAAGCCAAAGGGAGACCGAUGCUAUAACUGUGGAGGACUAGACCACCAUGCCAAAGAGUGUGGCCUGCCGCCCCAGCCAAAGAAGUGCCACUACUGCCAAAGCGCGACGCACAUGGUGGCCCACUGUCCUCACCGCCCCCCGGCCCCUUAUCUCCGGCUGGGCCGCAGCCACUCAGGGAAGACACACUACUGUGGACCAGUAUCCCCCUACCUCCUCCACCACCUCCUACAACCCCAGUCCCAGGCAUGGAAACAGGCACUCCCAGCCCUCUCAGGACAAUUCCUCCCUCAGCAAGUCCUCCAGCUCUCCGGGAAGACCCGGCACAGAACCAGAGGAGUUCUGGAGGGCACCACAGGUGGAAACAAUCCUGAUCCACAGCCAUCAUUGACGGAUGCCACCUCUUAG